AUGGGAGUAGAUCAUGGAAGCGAACCUGGAAUGAUCGGAGUAGAAACCACAAGGGCAGAAGAGGAGUCCACCAAAGGAACCAUGGAAUCAAUAGUAACAUCAACAACAGAAAGAGGGAGCAGAGAUCCGGUGGCGCACCGGUGGCGGCCGGAAAAAAACUGCGGCCAGGGAGCGGACGGAGCCGGGCUGCCGGCAGUGCUGGUAGGCGGCGGCUGGAAGGUGAGCGGCGGUCGGGCUGUGACUGGCCGGCGGCGGCAGCGCAGGGAGGCGGAGACAGUGGACCUGGCCGGCGGGGAGCCGGAGCGGCGAUAUGCGGUGGCCGGCGGGGGCAGUUCGCUGGCGACGGGAGACUCGCCGGCGAAGGAAGAUCGUGGGCGACGGGAGCCGGAGGAACAGCGGCGGCGUCCGGAAAAGGACAGAGGGGCCGCCGGCGGGGGCCGCAGGGGCCGGACUGACAGGUCUGACAAGCCUGUCAGUCCGGUACCCUGCGGGGCUAGCGCUGGGGCUGGUGGCGCAGGGGGCGGCGCAGGGGCGGCGGCGGCGCGCGGGGUGGUCGCAGGCGGCGAGCGGGCUGGGGUCGGGCGGCGCUCGGGCGGGGGCUGUGCCGGCGGCGCGGCGGUGGAGACCGGGCCGCGGCCGGUGGUGACCGCCUGCGGCGGUGGCCGCCGGGCUGCGCGUCCCUCCAAAAAAGGCUGCGCGCUUUUUAAACAAAAAAACUGCGGUUUUUACCAUGGGCUAGUGGCUGCCUGCCACGUGGCGGACGCGGGUCCGUCAGUUUUGGUGGUCGCCGGAGAGGAGGGAGCAACCAAAGCCAAGGGGGCUGGCGACGGGCCGGGAGCCGAGGCUACCGGUGACGGAAGACCUGGGCGUCGGCGGGUACACGGCAGCAGCGGCGGUGGGUCGCGGUGGAAGCCAGAACUGGUGAGCGGGGCCCAAGGACGGGUACGGACGGCGGCGGCUCCGAUAGCAGGUGCGCCUGCGACUUGCAGCACAUGCUGA